GAGGGGGGACGAGGUGGCGGAAAGAUCCGAAGCUGUCAGCAGCUGCCAGAGGCUGAAACGGCGCCGGCGGAAGCAGCCGAGCCUGGGCGGAAAGAGCCGAGGGCAGACAGCUUGGGCGCCGCGCGCCUAUCGCCCCCCGGCCCGGGCCUGCCCUAGAACAGUUCCACAGCGCAUGCCCGGGAGCGGGCUGCUCGGCACGGCGCAGCUUCAGUAACACGAAGGGCCGGGCCCGGCGGGGAAGGAAAUAGCUGCCAGACGCCGGAAGUGGAGGUCUCCAUGGAGACUGUUCCGACGCGUUGCUAUGGCUCUAUGGCGGGGCGUAGCCGCCCAAGAUGGAGCAGAUCCCGGAGGAGGAGAGGUCCGGGGGGCCAGGGCCUGAGGCCGGGUCCGAGCAGGGGCCCGAAGAACCCGAGUCCCAGCCUGGCCCGGCCUGCCUCGCCUGGAGCCCCCUGGAGGUGGCGGAGUGGGUUCGGCAGCUGGGCUUCCCUCAGUACGAGGAGUGCUUUACAACUAACUGCAUCACUGGCCGCAAACUCAUCCACGUUAACUGCUCAAACCUGCCACAGAUGGGCAUAACAGACUUUGACCACAUGAAGGAGAUUUCAUGGCAUGUGCGAGAGCUGCUGGGGAUUGAGGAGCCUCUCUGGAGCAGAAGCAUUGCCCUCCGUUACAGGGACAACCUGGGCUUGUUUCUAGAGCACAAAGCCCCAACUGGUGCAAAAGCUGAUGCCCUCACCUUCUCUCAGUUUGUCCAAGAAGCAGGAUUAGAGCCAUAUGCUACAAUUCCACCUUUGUAAAAAGCUUCACAUGUGGAAGCAGACGCCCUCACCUUCUUUGUUCAAGAAGUUACAAUUCCAUCCUCCGGAUUAAAGAAAGGCACAUCGAUAACUGUGAUUUGUUUAGUGCUGACAGUAUGCUUAGCCAUGCACAGUCCCUUCCUUGAACACGCUUGCCGUUUAAACUUCUACUCCUAAAGAAACCCCUCUGGGAUAUUGCCAGGUGCUGAACUCCUUAGUUCGGUUACAUUAUCUUAAAGGUUCCCUCUUUUCCAUAUUGCAGGAGCUCUGUGUGGCUCAGUCAUGUCUGAAUACCUAUCAACUGCUGCUACUUCAUGUUAUCACUAAGACCAUAGAUAAAUCUUAAUCACCUUUCAUUGACACCUGCUUUCCUCAAGCGCAAGUGAUAGAUUAUAAGGCUUUCCGCCAAACUCUAGUCCAGAGGUCGGCAACCAUUCAGAAGUGGUGUGCCGAGUCUUCAUUUAUUCACACUAAUUUAAGGUUUCACGUGCCGGUAAUACAUUUUAAUGUUUUUAGAAGGUCUCUUUCUAUAAGUCUAUAAUGUAUAACUAAACUAUUGUUGUAUGUAAAGUAAAUAAAGUUUUUUAAAUAUUUAAGAAGCUUCAUUUAAAUUACAUUAAAAUGCAUAGCCUCCUGGACUGGUGGCCAGGACCCGGGCAGUGUGAGUGCCACUGAAAAUCAGUUCACUUGCCGCCUUCGGCACCUGUGCCAUAGGUUGCCUACCCCUGCUCUUGUCUUUGCCAUUACAGAUCCAGCUGACCUUGUUCACUACUCCACACAAAAAUAAGUUUAAAGAGUUAAGUGAUGUAUAUAAUAAUUGCCUUAUGAUCUAGUGCCUUAUGUUGUAAAGGAUCUCAAGAUGAUUUACAAACUAUAUAAUGCAGGAAUCCCUUGCCUCAUUGAGAGAAGUAUCAUGCAAUCUUUUACAUGGUUAGGGUUUUGGUUUUACAUCUCAUCCUUCACUUUUAGGUUUCAUCAGCCCUUUCAGCAGCAAGGCAUCUCUUAGCACUAUGAUUAAGUGAUGGUUCAAUCGUGACUGAAAGGAAAAAAUGCUUCCUACCGAAUCAUCACUACCAUUUUCUGCAGCAGCAGCAGGGAUUUCCUUGAUCCCCAGUCCAAAUACCGAACAGGCACAAUCCUCUUUAGUUUGUGAGAUCUUAUUAGUUCAAAACCUAAUGUGGUGGGACUGCAGCCACUGUAAGGCUGCUCUCCUGCUUACCUGUCAAAAAUGCUACAGAAAACGAAUGUGCCCAACACUGAAUUGAGGUCUUAGAACAAAAUGCCAUUUUAAUAAGUGAGCUUGGAUUGAAAUAAAGCAGUUAUCUGGCAGAGUGCUAACUUCCCAGGCAAGCAGGUUUAAUAGAAAACCAAAACAAACUCUUAGAAAUAAACAAAAACGUGCACUGGUUGGUGGAAUCUGCAGUGUUACUCUAAACAUUUAAAGAGCAAGCAGUGCAAAUUCCCACUUUUUCCUUAUCUCGCUCUGGGACAGACAGUCAUCACUGUUAGGUUCCAGGACUGUUCAGUAGCAGCCAUGCUUGUUGGCUCACUGACUCCAGUACUUUGUUGAACAGUGACCCUUUCCAGAGAGAGGACUCAUAGCUACCACGUGUAAAAGUAGGAGAUCCCAAAUAUUUUAGCAGUAGCCAGCUCAUGUUCUGUGAGGGUGUUACCAAGACCUUUAUGUGGCCACAAGGUAAGCAAGACUGCAGAUGGUGUGACAAAGCUCUGUCUUUGUCUCAGGGGGUCCGGCACUUCCUGGCAGAUUUUGCUAGCCUCAGAGUAUCACUGUGACCCCCCACGUAGCCCUUCUCUCUCUAGAGGCAAGGAACACAGCCUACUGAGUCAUUUUUAUCAUAAGCCAGCAAGGGAAGUGAGGAGGAGCAACUGUUCCUCACACAGUCUCUGUUGUCUCCCAGUCUCAGUGAUUAAUCGGGGAGGGGAAGGGGGAGCCCAGGCCCACCCUCUCCUCCGGGCUCCAACCCAGGGACCCUAAUACAGUAACUCCUCACUUAACGUUGUAGUUAUGUUCCUGAAAAAUGCAAUUUUAAGCGAAACGAUGUUAAGCGAAUCCAGUUUCUCCAUAAGAAUUAAUGUAAAUGAGGGGGUUAGGUUCCAGGGAAAUUUUUUCACCAGACAAAAGACAUUUUAUUUUUUUUCUAUAUAUAUA